GUUAUUCAUUCCAUAAACGACGAUCGAACCGCAGCUGUCAAACACAAUUUCUGCACGGAUCGCUGUGUUGAGUCACAAUUGUUUUGUGCGUCGUCUGGUGCAGUACGGUUCCUUUGUGCUUGUUCGAUUCAUUUACGGCGUCAAGUCGUUCGGGAAGCAGUAAUUAUUUCGCUAUCAUCCGCCGCCAUCAACUGAAAACCGCCAACAUCCACCGAAACCGAAAAAUCAACCAGCCGAACGAUGUCUUCCCGUAAAACGGCCGGACGGCGUGGAACGACGAAGAAGCGUGCUCAGCGCGCCACCUCCAACGUGUUCGCGAUGUUCGACAAGGCGCAAAUUGCCGAAUUCAAGGAGGCGUUCAACAUGAUCGACCAGAACCGGGACGGGUUCAUCGAGAAGGACGACCUGCACGAUAUGCUGGCGUCGCUCGGGAAAAACCCGACCGAAGAGUUUCUUGACGGCAUGAUGAACGAGGCACCGGGGCCGAUUAAUUUCACCAUGUUCCUCACGCUGUUCGGCGAGCGGCUCCAGGGCACGGAUCCGGAGGAAGUGAUCAAGAACGCGUUCGGUUGCUUCGACGAGGAGAACAGCGGCGUCAUGCACGAGGACAGGCUGCGCGAACUGCUGACGACGAUGGGAGAUCGUUUUUCCGACGAGGACGUCGACGAGAUGUUCCGCGAAGCACCGAUCAAGGACAGUCUGUUCGAUUACAUCGAGUUCACCAGAAUCCUGAAGCAUGGGGCCAAGGACAUGGACGAGCAGUAAACACCGGUAGUCGCUUUCGUUCGCUCUCUUAAUGCACUACGUAGUAGAUAAAAAACUAACCGCCAAACGUGUAACGCUUUAACGUUACAUUUCCUUUCCAUACAAUAUGAUUUUCUGGCAUUCAAGUGGGAGGUCCUUACUAGACUAACGCACAAUCGCGCAGCGCAGCAUUUGUAUUUCCCAAUCUGCGUACUAAAUUCGAGUGUUAUAAAAUUUCUGUAAUAAAACGUACCAUUCCCCAUGUCCAUGGA